AUGGUUAAUGAAGGAAUUGUGCUUGAGCAUAAGGUUUCCAAGGAAGGGCUGGAGGUGGAUAACGCAAAAAUUGAGGCCAUUGAAAAACUUCCACCUCCAGCAAAUAUGAAUGCUGUAAGGAUUUUCUUGGGACAUGCAGGAAUCUACCGUCGAUUUGUGAAGGACUUCUCGAAGAUAGCUCGACCAUUGAGUGCGUUGCUAGAGGCUGACAAGACUUUUGACUUUGAUGUACAAUGCCUCAACGCAUUCAAAUUAUUGAAGAACGCAUUAAUUACUGCGUCUAUUUUGAUCGCACUUGACUGGACAAAGCCAUGCGAGCUAAUGUGCGAUGGGGGCUGUGUUAGCAUGGAAGGAAAAGACAAUGCUACACCCCAUCGCAUAUGCGAGCAGAACAUUGAACUCCGCCCAGGAAAACUACAUACCACAGAGAAAGAGCUUCUUGCGAUGAUCUUUGUGCUCGAAAAAUUUAGAGCUUACUUACUGGGAUCCAAAGAAUUCGACAUGGAAAUAAUUGACCGAAAGGGGAUGGAGAACCAGGUUGCUGACACCUAUCGAGAUUAG